GAUUUUAUUUUGUUUUCUUCCGAUUUAACAAUAAACGUUCAUAUUCACACCACCCAAGAAAAGUUACAGAUUCUCUCCGUGCUUCGGCUGUCUGUAUAUUACCCUCAAACUACUACUCCUAAUCUCUCUCUCUCUCUCUCUCUGUGGAGACUGUACAAAAGAUUUCUUUUGCUUUCUUCUCAGCACCGAAAAGGGGCGGUUGCUAUCUGGAAUUCCACUUAGCUUCCGUGAGGUUUAUUAAUGAGUUUUUGCUCUUUCUUUUCCAAGCUGUUUUCACGUUUCCAAAAGGGCAUCUCCUUCUCCGGUUUCUCUUCUCUUUUCAUGCAUAUUUUUCUUCUGGGUACUUGAGGAGAAAGCAAGUAAUGGAGUAAUGGGUUGUCCAAGACAAGCUUCUGUUGCUUUUAGAGGAGUGUACUGAGGAUAGUUGGUAGAAGUGUUUGGAUUCUGAGAUUGGAUUUUUUUUUUUUCGUCUUUCUUUAAUUUCCCCUUCUUUCAAAUGGAGAGUUUUUACUGGGUACGUUUGGUGCUGGUGCUUUCUUUGGGUUUGUUUUUGGGUGCUCUUUGUCAGGAUGAUUCGGACUCAAACAUUACUGCUGUGUACAUUGUUACUCUCAAACAAGCUCCUGCUGUUCAUCACUUUGAGGGAGAACUGGUAAGGGGAAGACAUGGGUCCAGACACGGUCUUCCUCCUGGUAGAAUGAGUAGAUUUCACAAACCAAGGAAUCAUUCAAGAUCUGGGCAGAGGUCAAGUUCUUAUCUUGCUCGAGUCCAUGAUUCGCUAUUGAGGAGGGUGCUAAGAGGGGAGAAGUAUCUGAAGCUUUAUAGCUACCACUACUUGAUUAAUGGGUUUUCGGUGCUUGUAACUCCAGAACAGGCAGAUAAGCUUUUAAGGAGAAGAGAAGUGGCAAAUGUGGUUUUGGAUUUUUCUGUUAGAACUGCAACCACCCAUACACCACAGUUCUUGGGUCUACCGAAGGGGGCAUGGGUUCAAGAAGGUGGUUAUGAAACUGCUGGAGAGGGAAUUGUGAUUGGGUUUAUUGACACUGGAAUUGUGUCUUGUUACAUAGUUCUGUCUUUUUCUACUCCUCCCUCCCCAGAAGAUUCCAAGAUUUUACUUAAGUACUAUAAUUCUUCUCUGGGGAAAGGUGAACCCGCAAAGAAAAUUGGUAGAUUUGGAGCAGUUGCACGUAUUUCAGGUGGUCUAAAAGCCAACUACGGUAGCACAGCUCCAAAGAUCAUGUUCUUCUCUGCCAGAGGGCCUGAUCCAGAAGAUAGUUUUCUUGAUGAUGCUGACAUAAUGAAACCCAAUGUGGUAGCACCUGGAAAUUUGAUAUGGGCUGCUUGGAGUUCUCGCGGCACUGAUUCAGUUGAGUUCCAAGGUGAGAACUUUGCAAUGAUGUCUGGAACAAGCAUGGCUGCUCCUCAUAUUGCUGGGCUUGCUGCACUGAUUAAGCACAAGUUCCCCACUUUCAGUCCUUCAGCUAUUGGAUCUGCACUCUCGACAACUGCUUCUCUGUGUGAUAAUAAUGGUGGGCCUAUUAUGGCUCAGCGUGCUUAUGCCAACCCUGAUCAAAAUCAAUCUCCUGCAACACCAUUUGACAUGGGUAGUGGUUUUGUAAAUGCAACUGCAGCUCUAGACCCAGGUCUCAUUUUUGACGCAAGUAAGUCAAACCGCUUUUACAUUGCUGGGAAUGAAACUUACAGUGUGGGUUGGAGUUCUCCUUAUGGGGUUUCGGUAAAGGUUUCUCCGACCCACUUCUUCAUCGCCAGUGGGGAAAGGCAGGUAUUGACUAUAAUCUUUAACGCAACAGGGAAUAGUUCAGUUGCUAGCUUUGGAAGGAUUGGACUUUUCGGGAAGCAAGGACAUAUUAUCAACCUUCCGUUGUCAGUCAUAGUAAAAAUCUCAUAUAAUAGCACUUCCAGCUGAGGACUGAUAAACUAGUAUAUCAUUUUUUGUUUUCUGGGUUGGCCCUAGUUUGCGUUUUUUUCGUUUGUUUACUAUAUCUUCUCGACCCGGUUUGCAAGAUUUGUUAACCCAUUUUUUCAUUCAUUGCGUUGUAAAUGUAUAAAAAUCGGUCAUGUAGAUACCAUAAUUGAUUAAUAACUACAUUUGAUCUUUCCUUUGC